GCGUCAGUCAGAUCAGAACCAGGAACUGUCUCAUCCAGGUGAAGAUGGAGAGAUCAAUUUCUUUUAUUUAAGAGAGCAACAUGGGUAACACAGAGAGUGUGGUGUUGCAGAAGCGGCUGGCCCGCUUUCGCCCCGAGGAGCGGCCUGUGAUCGAAGGCGUGUUUGACCAGCUCCAGGGUGCUGGGGGCCCCUCAGGGGCCCCAGGGAAAGCAGCAUCGGGAAAGAUUCUCACUCUUGAGAUGCUUCAGCUGGCCAUGGGCACCAUGGCACCAGAAUCCUUGGUGAGGAGGGUCCACCGGUGCAUAUGUUCCAUCGAUCCCGGACUGACGACACCAAACACCUCUGGCAAGACCAACCAACCCGCUGCCUCGGGGGUGGGCAGAGAACAGCUGACUGUCUUUCUUGCAGACACCUUGCGAGGCACUGCAGAGGAACGGGCUCCUCUUGUCAUGGCCAUGUCCCAGCAUGCAUCAGGGGCAGCAGCAGUUGUCACGUGUGAGCAAGUAGCAGAGUUCCUGCAGGACCUGAUAUCUGCUGUAGUUCAGAUCCUGGUCCACAGAGGGCGCCUGCAGGGCUGGAAACCAGACAGAAUGGGGGACAGCUCCCUGGGUGUUAAACUCCUGGCAGAGCAGAUGUGUUCUGAACUCAAGCCCUCAGAUCAGGGAACUUGUGAUGUUUCUUGUCUGGAGGACUGGAUCUUUAGGGUCUCUCAGGUUUCCGUGUACUUGGAGAUGCUGGUGGCUGAGGGACUAAAUGUGUCUCUGAGCAGCCGCCCUGCCCCGACACUGCUGCCCCCGUGCAGGGAGACGCCCUGGAAAGAGUUGAGGUGUCUGCUGGACCUUCCCACGCUCAUGUUUCUGGCUCCACAGUUGCCAGACAGCUACAGCGCCCCCUGGAGGCUUGUGUUUUCCACGGUGCUGCACGGGGAAAGCUUCACCAGGAUGGUGGCCGGCCUGACAAAGCGAGGGCCCACGCUGCUGCUCAUCAAAGACACUAAGGGUCAUGUUUUCGGGGGCUUUGCGUCACAUGGUUGGGAGGUCAAACCUCAGUUCCAGGGUGACUCCAGAUGCUUCCUGUUCACUGUGUUCCCCAGUCUGAGAGUUUAUACAGCCACAGGAUACAACCAACACUUCAUGUACCUCAACCAGAACCAGCAGACCAUGCCCAACGGACUGGGCAUGGGCGGUCAGCAUGGCUACUUUGGCUUGUGGCUGGACAGCGAAUUUGGCCGUGGUCACAGCCGUGCACGGCCCAAGUGCACCACCUACAGCAGCCCUCAGCUCUCUGGAGAAGAAGACUUCACCCUGGACUCAGUGGAAGUGUGGGCGGUGGGAAAGCCACCAGAACCAGAGGAGGGUGAGGAAGGGGAGGGUAAGAAGAGCAUCCUGAAUGUGGAUCCCGAGGUUCAGGCCAUAAUGGAGAUGACGGGGAAGACUCUGCACAGUCAGGGACUCCGAGAGCCAGAGGAAGACCAGGAUUAGUGGCCAGAGACAAUCUGACUGAGCCUUGCUAAGACUCACAGCCACUUGUACUGAAACAUGCAGACAUGUGAAGAAGUCACCUUCUCGCCCUUCCUGGGCCUUUUAACCUACAAAAGUUUUUUUUUUGUUGUUGUUUUUUUUAAUUGCACUGAAGUCAUGUUUUCACCAACUGGCUAUAUCAGGGACUCAGCUGUGAAUACUGCAUGACUCUUAAAAUUUAGUAGCUUGAAAGUGGUCUGGAAAGCCUGACGUGUCAUGAGUAACCAGGCUUCAGGCCCGCUUACAAAGGCUUGAAUUAAGGCAACUGGAAUUAUUUUAUUUUGUUUCUGAAGACGUUUCACCAUCCAUCCCGACAGCAUCAUCACUUCAAAUGAGCUCUUGUCAUCAGUACACAAGAUUUAGGUGCAAAUUCACUCUUAAGCUCCACUGAUGCUAAAAAGGAUACGCACAUCAUCACUUUUACCAUUACGAAGAUUGAGGGCAUUUGUGUGUGGCAGUAGAUUGAUAUGUGUAAAUUAUGUUGAUCCGAGUGUAAUAAAGAUUACCAGUAUUAUAAUCUAUUUUAUCAAGAUUCAAGUUUUCAGUGCAAUAAAAUUCUGUCUUUGCUGUCCACCCUGAUGCUGGCGCAUAUAUGUAAAAAUAAUGGAAUAAACAGACUGCAAUAA